AUGGACGUGAGAGUUCGCGGUAAGCCGACACCUGCCCGCCACCUCCAGCGGCUCGUAUCCUGCCUUCUCCGGCCUUUCAUUCGGGACAUGAAGAACAAGAAGAAGCUGGAGCAGAAGAAAGCCGCGGACAUGAGCUUUGAAGUGAGUCUGCAGCAGCUCAACGACCUGUUAACAGACGACAGCGGUCUGUACAGCUGGCCCACAGAGCACUGCCACCAGGUCUACCCCAGGAUCUACGUGGGCAACGCAUUUGUGGCGACAAAUGUGUUGCGUUUGAAGCGUCUGGGCAUCACACACAUCCUGAACGCAGCCGAGGGGAACUCCUUCAUGCACGUCAACACCAGCGCAGACUUCUACAGCGGCUCGGGCAUCACGUACCACGGCAUCCCCGCCAGCGACACCGACCACUUUGACCUCAGCGUCUUCUUCCAGGAGGCGGCUGACUUCAUCGCUUCAGCACUGGCCUAUAAAAAUGGCAAAGGAAAGGUGUACGUCCACUGUCGCGAGGGCUACAGCCGCUCGCCCACUCUGGUGAUCGCCUACCUGAUGCUGCGGCAGAACAUGGACGUGCACACGGCUCUGGCCACGGUGCGACACAAACGGGAGAUUGGCCCCAACGACGGAUUCUUGCGGCAGCUCUGUGCUUUGAACCAGCGGCUGGCGGCGGGGGACCUGGAGACGAUGAACUGA